AUGCUGCAGUGUGUGGAAUGGUUGAUCCUGACUGUUUGUCAGUCCUGCCAUAUUGUUUCGAAUUACCGUCGUCAAGUGAUCAAUUGGUUCAAAAUUUCCACCCCUUUUUUGGGCAGCAACGCGAAUUCUGCAACUGUAAUCCCAGAUGGCAUCGGCCUCGGAACCGGAGCCACUGGUCUCCUCGCUUUGGACGAGAUCCCUGAUAGCGCUGAUUUUCCUGUCCCUUUUAUACAGUCUGGUGCGAUUGCGGGGUUAACCGUCGAUUGCUCACUAUACCCCUUGGACACCAUCAAGACCCGUCUCCAGAAAGCCCGACAUCAUACUCCGUCCGCGCCAGUGCCCAGAUUAUCUCUACAACAGACCAUCCGCGGCAUCUAUGCGGGACUCCCAUCAGUGCUGCUAGGCUCCGCGCCCUCUGCGGCCUUCUUCUUCAUCGUCUACGAUGGUGUCAAACGGUCCCUUCUGCCGCCGCCGACGACCACGGAAACCCCCUCCCGGACACACAUCAUCCUCACACACUCGCUUGCCUCGUCGAUGGGAGAGAUCGCGGCAUGUGCGGUGCGCGUGCCGACAGAAGUCGUCAAGCAGCGCGCGCAGGCCGGCCUCUUCGGUGGCUCCAGCCUGAUGGCUCUGAAGGACAUCCUGGCUCUGCGCCACCCUGAUGCCACGGGGGUUGCGCAACGCGGAUACGGCCAGGUUGUCCGCGAGUUGUACCGCGGUGCGGGCAUCACAAUCGCUCGGGAAAUCCCCUUUACUGUUCUGCAGUUCACCAUGUGGGAGUCGAUGAAAGAAGCAUACAUGAAGCGGAUGCAGCGUUCGACGCCAGUCGGUGCGGAGUCGGUCCUGAGCCAGGUGCCGGCCUCGACGAGUGCGAUGUUUGGAAGUGUGGCGGGUGCGAUUUCGGCGGGUCUGACUACGCCGCUGGAUGUCAUUAAGACGCGGGUGAUGCUUGCUCGUCGCGGGGAUGGUUCCGACGGGGCGCGAGUCCGGAUCAAGGAUGUCGUGCAGGACAUAUCGAAGGAGGGCUUUGGCGCUUUUUGGAGAGGCAUUGGGCCCCGGGUGACGUGGAUUGGUAUUGGAGGCGCGGUGUUCCUGGGGAGUUACCAAUGGGCGUGGAAUAAGCUGGAAGGGAAGAGUUACGAGGGGGAUGGCGUUUGA